GCUUCUUUGAGAAGUUGGAUUACCACAGUACAGUUGUAGACGUUGGAUCAUGAGUUUAACUGGUGCUGGAACUGAAGAGGAAACCAACAGUAACCACCUGAAUGGCGGGUUUUCAGGAGCUCACCAUUUGGCAAAAAGCCCAGUUUUAUUACCAGAGAAUGCUUGAAAAUGGAGAUAAGAGGAUAGAAAACUGGCUGCUGGUCUACUCCCCGGUACCCGUCGCCUUUAUAAUUAUGUGCUACCUGGUGCUUGUUUGGGUCGGGCCAAAGCUGAUGGCAAAGAAGGAGCCCUUCAACCUCAAACUUGUCUUGAUAGUUUACAAUUUCACUAUGGUCUGCCUGUCUGCAUACAUGUUGUAUGAGUUUACGGCAGCUUCCUGGAUGGCUCGUUACAGUCUGCUGUGCCAGCCAGUCGACUACAGCGACAGUCUACUGGCCAUGAGGAUGGCCAGAGUGUGCUGGAUGUUUUACCUCUCCAAAUAUGUAGAGUUCUGUGACACAAUGUUUUUCAUAUUGAGGAAAAAGAACAGCCAGCUGACCUUCCUCCAUGUCUACCAUCACAGCACCAUGAUCUUGAACUGUUGGCUGGGGUUAAAGUACACGCCAGGUGGCCAGUCUUUCAUGAGUGGCCUGGUCAACUCCCUGGUUCAUGUGGCGAUGUAUCUCUAUUAUGGUCUUUCAGCGUUUGGACCACGUAUGACCAAAUAUCUCUGGUGGAAAAACUACCUCACCAUCUUACAGCUGCUUCAGUUUUUCCUGGUAACCAUGCACACUGUUUACAACUUGUUCGCUGACUGUGACUACCCUGACUCCUUGAACUUGUUUGUGUUUAUCUACGCUCUCACCCUCAUCGCACUCUUCAGUCAUUUUUACUACCACAGCUACCUCACGUCGAAGACCAACCUAAGGAAAUGUAAGGAGUGAGAAAGAAAAAUGACUUUUAUAUGUGCACGAAGGAGAGAAUGGGUGAGAGUGAGUUGAAGUUAGUUUAAUUUGAAAGGGAUGUGCCCUACCCAACAGCUCAUCUCAGGUGUUGUUGUUUCAUUCAUUAAUAAAUCACACAAUUGUACAUCCAAAAUGAACAAAGACAUGAUCAGAAGCUCGAAAAACCAAACCAAUAAAUGUUUGUCCUAACACCAACAAAACUUGUCUGUGUUAUAACUUUGGUUGACACUGUUUAAACGGUGAUAACAUUUCAAACCGUGUGUUAACAUUUCAGAUCUUAAUUAUCAUUGCUCCCGUGUUUAGCAUAAUGCUUGUGUGUUUUCGUUGAGUUAUUAAAUCCAGCUGAACCUAAGUUGAGGGUGAAAGACACUAAUGGACUGACAGCUGUGCCAGCCAAUCAAGUGGGAAAGGCUGGCCACAUUAACCAAUUGUGACCGAGGGAAGGAUCCCUCCUACUACAUCUAUAAACCAGCAAACGGGAUGGAUGGCAAUUGUUGCCAAAGGACCUGAAACCUUGCAGGCAGUGGCGGAUCCUCACCAGACCACAUACUGGAGGACAGAUGCAAGAGCAUUGGAAGUUGUGUAGAUUGCCGACUUUUCACGCUUCUUGGUGUGACUGGAGAUGCGUGGCGGUUACCAUGGACUGCAUAUGAGAGGGCUUUUGCUCAACAGCAGAUGUGUUAAACAGAUCUGGCCUGCCACAUCAUUUUAGGUGGACCGUGAAAGCGAAUUGUGUACAUCAACUUCCAUGAUUCUUGAUCAAAUCUGUACCAAAAUUUCAAAUUGUCAUAUGUAAAAAAUAAUGAUAAAUAGCAAAACAUUUUUUGGUGUUGUUACUAAACCUCUUUUGACAGUAAC